AUGGCCGACAAAAUUCAUCCAACUACUACAAUCACCAAUAUCAUGGAAACUAUUAAUCUCAUGUUGGAUUAUGAGUAUGCUAAAUACAAUAAUUGGGCAAUGUUGUUUACAAUCCAUGCUAAAGCUAUACUCACCUACGAUCAUAUCGAUCUACCUACGGUCACUGCUCUGGUGACCAAUCUAGCUGACUGGGCUCAAUGGGAUCGAAUUGACAAUAUUGUUCGUCGAUGGAUUUAUGGGACUAUCUCUGACGAUCUCUUAAAUACAUUAUCAAUCGGAAUGACAUGGCUACCAAAACUUGGAACCAAUUGGGCAUAUACUCGCCGUCUUACGAUUUUAGCUGAUCAGUUAGAUAAUGUUGGAGCUGAGCUUUCUGAUCUGAGAAUGGUUAUACAUCUACUCACUGGUUUGACCGAUGCAUAUAGUGGCUUUGUAACAGUGGUUCAAAAUAAGUCUCUUCUACCCAUGUUCCCCUAA